AUGCUUGUGAAACUCGCUUUUCCAACGCUAUCGUCUGAUUAUCCGGACGUUGACAUGCUGAGGUGUAAAGAGGUGAAUAGUUUCGCCACCGAGUGCAUUUUGCCUCGUCGCCCAAAAAGAAAUCUUUCGCCUGUGCCGGAGGAUAAGGAAUGCAGUAAUACAGAAUUAAAAAAGGCGUGCAGAAUGGUUCACAGGAGACGUAAGCACAGAAAACAGUGCUUGAAGUUACCAGCGCUGCUUGAACAUGACGAAUGUUGA